AUGGCAGAAAGUGUGAAAAAGAAUCGUGUUCCAGAAGAUGUGUUGAUAGAUAUUCUCAUAGCAUUACCUAUCAAAUCCUUAUUAAGAUUCAGAUCUUUAUCAAAAUCAUGGAACUCCGUCAUCAGUGACAAAGACUUCAUCAGUGCCUUUUGGCCCAAGCCAAACCAUCGCUUCUCCUUCGUCGAUGGCAAAAUCGUCAAGAAUCCUACUCUCUGUUCUUGCAAUGGAGUUGUACGUCUUUCAGAUAUUAACCAAGGUCGCACUAAGAGUCUUAUUCUGUGGAAUCCAGCAAUUAGAAAACAUUUGAAUCUAGCACUUCCAAAGUUAUGCGGUCCACACAGUGCUAAUUGGGGUUUUGGCUUUGAUUUACCAAGUAAUGACUACAGGUUUGUUAGAGUUGCGAGACAAGUUUCAUCUAAACGUGAAUUCCCUAUGGAGUUUCAGGUUUUCUCGCUUAAAAGAAGAUAUUGGGAGCGCAUUAAUUUUAGCCCUACUCUUGGUCCGUUUUGCGUUGCGCCUGAUGGCUGUAACAGUUCUGGUCAUUGCAAUCAGGAUGCCACUCAAUGGAUGGUGAUUUCAGAGUUUGACGACUCCCUUGGGGCGCUUUUCUAUAGGUGCGCUGCCAAGUAUGCUGACUUAUGGUUUAUGAGAGAAUAUGGAGUGAGGAAUUCAUGGAACAGACUAUACAGGGUUCGAGUAGAUGGAUUCACGAGGGCAAUGGUUUUCAGGAAGAAUGUUGAAAUAUUAAUCAGAAAACAUGGAGGAAUUCAUGGAACAGACUAUACAGGGUUCGAGUAG